UGAUAUUUGAACCAUAUCAGACAGUUGCUUUUGUUUUUUUGCUUUGUUUUUAGAGACAAUAGUGUACGUCUUUAUGCACUUUAACCAUAUGCACUAGCUAAUGGCUUCUACACUAACCAAUGGCUUUUUCGAAUGAGUAAUUUUACACAACAUAAUAUAUAUCAGUAAAUGGAUGAAAAACGCCAAUAAGUUGUUGGUUGAAACAUCAUCUACCAAGAAUAAAUCGAGAUUAUUGUGGGAUGAUUUUACAUUCAAGGCGUUUGUCGAUGCGUGCGUGCUUGAAUAUAAUAGAGGGAAUAUACCUGGUACAAGCUUUAGUAAGGUUGGGUGGGCGAAUAUAAUAAACAGUAUGUACGAGAAAACAGGCAAAACCUUUGAAAGAAAGCAAAUAACAAACAAAUGGGAUAGCAUGAAAAAAGAAUGGAAGCUUUAUGAUCGCUUGAUGAGGCUUGAAACUGGGAUUGGCGGGACGAGAAGCUUCAUCGAUGCAUUGCCCGAGUGGUGGGAGGAGAAAAUAAAGGUAGAUCCCAACUAUGCCAAAUUUAGGGGUGUAAAUUUGGAGAUAUUCGAGUCGGAUUAUGCUACUUUGUUUCGGGAUUCGGUUGCUGUAGGAGACAAUGCUAUGACUCCGAUACAAUUUCAAAAUGAUGUUCAAACUGAAAAUAUAGAUGGCAAAGGAGAUAUAGAAUUCAAAAGGUUAUGUAGAAUAGCUGUGCAAGGAAUAAUAAUAACUCGUGGCUUUCAUAAUAGAAGAAGGCCAUGUCACACGUCGAAUCGUACAUGCCACAUGUAUGUUAAUGAAAUAUUAACUAGCCAUCCUAGACGGUGUUAUGAAAUAUUUAGAUUGCACGUGCCAGUUUUUAGACAGUUAUGCAUAGAUCUUGUUACUAAUUACGGAUUGAAACAAAGCCGUAAUAUGUCUGUCGAGGAGUCCGUCAGAAUCUUCUUGAUGACUUUGGCUCAUGGGUGUACGAAUAGGUUUGUCCAAGAAUCUUUUAAUCAUUAUGGGGAAACUAUUCAUAGACAUUUCCAUAAAGUUAUGGCAGCUGUGCUUAAGAUGAGUGCUAACAUCAUCAAGCCAUCCACAAACUAUAAUGAUGAGGUACCUGCUCAUAUAUUAAACAAUCCUCGGUAUUAUCCAAUGUUCAAGGAUUGCAUUGGCGCUAUUGGUGGAACACACGUGAGAGUAUCAGUUCAAUUGAAGGACCAACCGAAGUACAUUGGUCGAAAGGGAUACGCGGCACAAAAUAUAAUGGCCGUUUGUGAUUUAAACAUGUGCUUUACUUUCGUAUGGGCUGGAUGGGAGGGUAGUGCACAUGACACCAGAAUCUUCAAUGAAGCCUUACGAAGGCCGGAGCUUCUAUUUCCACAUCCAAUGGGUGACAAAUAUUACGUUGUUGAUGCCGGGUACCCAAAUACUAAAGGGUAUCUUACUCCAUACAAAGGUCAAACCAUUCGUCAGGGCCGUCUCAGAAAAUCCUUAAUAAUUUUUGGGCCCCGUGCGAUUAGAAAAAAAUGGGCCCCUGAAUAA